UUCCCAUAAUCCUUAGCGGCGCGUGAAAAAUAACCAACUCGGCCCUGUCGUGUCGUAGAAACCAAUUUGUGGAAGGACGACACAAACUCACUUCUUAACUUUGUCCUCGGGAACUCCUUUUCAACCGCCGCCUCGAGCUUUCCGCAGCGGACGCUGUUUUUUUUGACGAAGAACAUUCCAGGUUAUUAAGGUUAACUAAACAAAAGGAAGAUGAGUGGCGGAGGAACGCCAUAUAUCGGUAGCAAGAUUAGCCUCAUCUCCAAGGCCGAGAUUCGCUAUGAGGGAAUCUUGUACACCAUUGACACCGAAAACUCAACAGUAGCGCUUGCGAAAGUUCGCUCUUUUGGCACCGAAGAUAGGCCCACCGAGAGGCCCAUUCCACCUCGAGAUGAAGUGUUUGAGUACAUCAUCUUCCGAGGCAGUGACAUUAAGGACUUGACCGUUUGCGAGCCGCCCAAGGCAACCAGCAGCCUGCCCCAAGACCCAGCCAUCGUCCAAUCGUCUAUUGGAACCACCAGCAAUGCACCGGCGCCAUCGUCUUUCCCAUCUGCUGCCUCGUACAGUACAGGACCCUUCAGGGCCCCGGUGCACUCGUAUGGACAGUUUGGUGUUGCACCCCUCGGAGCUCAGCAGUUUGGGGCUGCCGGAGGACGUACCAGUCCUCAGAUGGACCUUCUCGCGAAGAGUUCCACCCUUGAGAAGGUGGUGAAAGCUCCCGCCUCGGCUGUCCCCGCAGCAUCUGCACCGGUCAGCCAGAGGAGUCACAUGGCAGCACCCCGACUUGUUGCAGCCUCGACUGGCAGCCAGAAGCCUCCCGACCUCCUAGAGCAGAGAAAAGCUCCAGGGCCGCCUAGAAUGACUCAUGUGGAUCAUGAACGACAUGCUAUGGAAAAUCGGGAUCCAAACCGGCGUCAAACCACUGGCCUUCAGCCGAACCGCCGCGGGGUGCGGAACCGAGGAAACCGCAGCCGAGGCAAAAUGAACAUGCGCAGGGACGGCCUGAUGAAGUUCGAGGAGGACUUUGACUUUGAGACGGCCAACGCUCAGUUCCACAAAGACGACAUCGACAAGGAGCUGCAGACCAAACUUAAGCUGAAAGACGACAAGCCUGAAAAGGCGCUAAAUGGCGAAGAACAGGAACAUCCAGCGAGCGAGGCAGCGGCGGCGACGGCGGCGGCUGAAGACGAGGAGGCUGCGAUGAACGCCUACUACGACAAGACAAAGUCCUUCUUCGACAACUUGUCCUGCAACGACUCCAAUAGAUCACACGAAGGAGGAUAUUCAAGAGAUCGAAGGUCAACCUGGGCGGAGGAAAGACGCAUGAACGCAGAGACGUUCGGCAUCCCCAUGAGACACAACCGAGGCCGGGGGGGCUUCCGUAGCCGAGGUUUCAUGGGGCCCCGCGGCGGGCGGGGGUGGCCAUCGAGUCGAGGCUCCUUCGGGCCCCCUCGAGGAGCCCCACCCGGCUUCAGAGGCGGCUACAGAGGACGAGGAGGCCGCGAGUUCUCCGACUACGAAUACGCAAAGGACAACAAGGUGGCGGCGUAGUCUCCCACACUGAAUAGUAGCUCUUCAACAAGGAUUGAUCUCAUUUCAACAAAGGUUUGGUCCCCACAUUUGCCAAGAAGGAAGAAGACUCCGAGUCAGCAAAGUCAUCCUUUCGCCGCCUCCAUUUUUUCCUUCUUCCUUUCAUCAACAGUCAUGGGGGAAAAAAGUCCUUCCGCGCUCCCUUUGUACCGCGUUAUAGAAAGCUUUACUCCUCCUUUUUUUACGGCAUCCUUUUUUUUUGUUCCUGUGGAGGCGGUCCUAAGGAAAUGAAUGCACUUCUUCCACACUGGUGUUGGCUCAACGGACAAAGAAGAAGCAGACCGGCAUCCUCUUAACUAUUUCAUUAUUUUUUCAAGAAUGCUUUAGUAUUUAGUUGGACAACAAGUUAGCAUUUUGUCACUCGUACUUAACCGACAUCAGCAAUUUUCCACUGAGUUCGGAUUGUUUACUGAAGGAUCCCGAAAUUCUGUGAAGAUUGUUUUUUCUUUUUGUUUCUCAUAAGCAAGCCCAAGAAGGGACAAUGACUGGAUAUAUGCUGUCAAGAAUUUUCCCCAGGUUUCUUUUUUUGUGCUUAUGUGUUUCUAUUUAGGGAGUGCCUUCAAUCGGGGAGGGGGUAUUUUUCUACAGCUCUCCCUUUAAUGUAAAACUUUUGGCAAAAGUAUCAAUAUUAAAGCACUAUGAGGUGACAACAGGUUCGGUAUUGUUCAUGAAUGUGCUGCUUGGAAUCAAACUUUGCACAUACAAGCCCAACGCUGCAUGACAUCCUGGGGGGGGGAGAAGUGGGCAUCAGUUAAAUUUUUGAGAAGAUUUGUGUUUUUUCCUAAAAGUUUAUUACCUCCGGAUUAUGGAAAUUGGAAACCAGGAAAUGUUUCUUGAGAUUUCACAGCAAAGUUAAGUUUUUACAUUAAGAAAUAAAGAGUUCAAAUGAAGAAUCA